AUGCCCGCGCUCGACAACGACUUCAUCCAACGCCUCGCGGAUAGAGGCAGCGCGCAUCCACGCUUCAAAUGGUACAUCACUGCCAUUAUCGCCCUGGCCGCACUCAACUACCCCGAGGAGAUCGGCCCGCUGUACACACGCCUGCUGGAGACAUACAUCAGCCCCGAGGACCAUGUAGAGCAGACAAGGAAGAUCAAGGAGGCGCUUGUUAAGGCUGCAGGGCUUCAUGGGGCGGCCAAGACUGGGAAUGCGAUGCGUGCUCUGUAUCAGGUUACGCCGGCUCAUUUGGUCGAUAGCACCUGCUAUCGCGAAUCCGACCUCGACCCCGAAGCAGCCUACAAGCGUGGCGACGAGUUUCUUAAAAGCAUCUACCGCGAUGUCCCCGGUAUCAAUACGGAAGAUGACUACGUGCGCAAAUGCUCGCCGGAUUACUUCUUUCUCGUCUCGAGACUGUUAUACCCCCACAUAUUUUCCUACACCGGCAUCCUCGACAAGCUCGAAUCCAGCCAGGCGAUCAUCUCCAGCCUGAUUGCGAUUGACUGCACGGCACAGGCGCGCAACCACAUGAAGGGGAUGUUGUGGAAUGGGGCUAGCAGGGGGGAGGUUACUAUGGUCAGGGAUAUUGUAGCCCUCAUUGCGGAGCGCCUGGGUGUGAGGUUUAAGGGUGGGAAGGGGGUUAUUGAUGUACCAGAAUUGCCGGAUCUCAACUAG